UUCGUGAUGGUCUAACCGGCCCCACCUUUGUUUAACCUGGGUCGUACCUGGAUCCCAGUGGCCGCCCUUGAUAGUGGCGGUAUUUAUUUAAGAAAGACAGCUAGCACCACCGUCGGAACUGUGACAAUGACCGAUGCUACGACCAAGUCAAAGUAUGGGCGGGUUUCCUGGGGCGAUAUCCUGAGCAUGGCAAAGAUUCUGGCACCCUUGCCCUUCCUGCUCUGUUGGAACUUCCUAUUGUCUCCCUUCGUCAAGCACUUGCAGCACAAAACGUGGCUUCGUGUCAUCAGUGAUUGUUCGGCUCACCAGCUCACCACUUUGAGUUUUGCCCAACUUCAGUAUGCACUGGGAGAUUCUGCCACCGUGUACAACAAGUUCAUCAACCAAGCCCGUUUAACGCCUCUCAUCGAGGAACUAGAUGGCGGCGUACAACUCGCAUGGGUAGGUCCAAAGCGAACGGACCGCGUGGUGCUUUACCUUCAUGGUGGCGGAUACACUUCGUUUGCACCCCCAUCCGGGCUCACCUUCUUCAGAUAUAUUCAGCUUGAAUUAGAGAAGAAGGGCAUAGAAGCUGGACUUGCGGUUCUGCUGUACAGCCUUUUACCGGAUGCCAGUUAUCCUACCCCACUCCGCGAGAUGCGAACAGCAGUAGACUACCUACUCGAUUCCGGAGUUGCCCCAAAGAACCUCAUCUUUACAAGCGACUCGGCGGGAGGGAACCUUACUCUAGCCUUCUUCUCGCACAUUCUGCACCCUCAUCCCACCGUUGAACCAUUCAGCCUCCCAUCAGGUUCUCGCUUCGGUGGCGCUUUCUUCUUAUCACCAUGGGUAUCUUUAGCUGGGGAUGACGUUCCCAAUUCUUAUGACAAAAACGGCCCCGUCGAUGUCACCAGUGCGGCUACCCUCCGCGCGUGGGGCCAUUAUGCUCUUGAGGGUGUACCCGGGACCGAAAUCAAUUACAUGGAGCCCAUCAAGACCCCCGACGGAUGGUACGAGGGUACGGAUCAAUUGGUGGAUAACGUCUUUAUUUCUGUUGGGGAGUUUGAGUGUUUGAGGGAUUCUAUUCUCACUUUCUACGAGAAAAAGUUCAAGCAAUAUGCUGGUCGCAGCCAGUUAUACGUCCAGAAAGGAGGUGUUCACGUAGAUCCCUUCUAUGAUUUUUUCUUCGUAGCCUCACCCAAAAAGACGGGGGAACUGACGUCGAAAGUCGUUAAUUGGUUAGCUGAUUCCUUCGAAACCGAAUGAUAGUCCGCAUAAUUUAUUCAGAUCGCGUAUUAUCCUUAUAUACGUAUACGAGCGAAGAUAUGCAAACGAGAUCCAGCGCCGAUGUAUUGAUAAUACAAAAUGAGGUAUAGAACAAUAAAUACAAUGGUGUUCGUCAGAGUUCGUGCAAGACCAUGAUAGAUGCAAUCUACGUGAGGACUCUCUUCAGUCCCUCCUGCUGUGUUGGUGUUAAUCUGUCAGGGAAUUGAACAUCCCACUUGACAAUCAAAUCGCCUUUGCUCUUUACACUGCCGUCCUUCCGAAUCGGCAUUCCCUCGCCGGGUAACGUCGUUUCUUGCCCUGGUUUGACGAUCCCCCCUGGCACAGAUACUUGAAGCUUCCUUCCAUCAAGUA